UCGGCUGAUGUUUGGCUCACUGGGUAAAAAAAAAUGAAAUCCAUGGUAUGUUCUUCUAUCUGGCUGCUGUGGAACUCGUUUCCUCCGCCCUGCGACUGCAUUUCCUCCAUCAUCACUGAUCCUAGCUGACCUGAAGCAAACAUGAAGCUGUAACAUAACAAAGGACAUCAAUGAUCACUGGGCUCAUACGGCAUGCUUCAUGCAGCAACUCAACAGGAAGUAGUUUUUAUUCACUCAGGCUCCAGCUGUGACUUUAACAGCUGCUCAUAAAACUAGGAAUGUAUCAAAAUGCAGUUAGAAGGAACACUUACACCAUCUGUUGCACGCUGUUCAUGUCGAUGCUGCAGCAGCUCCUUCAGGUGUGUGAGUCCAUAAAAACACUGAGGAAGAAGACUUCCAUAUACUCUGGAUUAUUGAUCAAUUAGUGGGAGGAGUCUCUGUGUUCCCGAUUGGCUGAUUGAGUGUGUCUCUGUGUCUAGGUGAGUCCAGGUAGCUCAGGAGCUGUGAUGAAGUAUGGCUUCCCCUCACUGGGCAACAUCAAGACCAGAGAAUCCUACGUCACCUCCUACGACCCCCGCACGCGUACUGCAUCCUGGGUAAUAGAGCGGCUAAACCCCGCCUCCCUGAGCGGACUGUCAGACAGGAAGUACUGCGAGUUCAAAGAGGAUGACAGCGUUCAUGUUUUCCACCGAGCGACCAAUGCCGACUACAAGGGGAGCGGGUUCGACAGGGGCCACCUGGCCGCAGCAGCCAACCACAAGUGGAGCCAGAAAGCCAUGGACGACACGUUCUACCUGAGCAACGUGGCUCCACAGAACCCUCACCUGAACCAGAACACCUGGAACAACCUGGAGAAACUCUGCCGCUCCCUCACCAAACGCUACCUCAACGUCUACGUCUGCACUGGCCCGCUCUACCUGCCCAGGCAAGAGGCUGACGGGAAACUCUACGUUCGAUAUCAAGUGAUAGGACGAAACCACGUCGCCGUGCCGACACACUUCUUUAAGGUGCUGAUCCUGGAGCAAGCGGACGGCAAGGGGGUGGAGCUCCGUUCGUACGUGUUACCAAACGAACCUAUCAGCGAGCAGGUUCCUCUGGAGCGUUUCCUGGUUCCCAUAGAAACCAUCGAGCGCAUGUCAGGACUCCUGUUUGUGCCAAACAUCAUGAAGAGGACCGGCGGCGGCGUACGGGCCAUCGCUGACAGAUGAGCUGCAUUACCCACAAUCCUCUGCUUCAGACUUCCUUUAAUCACAGAUCAAUAACGUUCGAACGUUUAUGAACUUAAUUAUUUGUGAACUAUCAGUGUGAACAUUGCUUCUGAUCGAACAAACACACAACAUACCAAAACAAUUUUAUUUAAUGUUACAAAGCAUCU